AUGAAGACUCACAAAGUUACCAUAUUACCACACCUUAUCAAGUUCAUACCACAGGUUGAUAGUUCAAUUGCAGACGAUUCGCUAAAUUUAUAUGGAUUCGACCUGGAUCACACAAUAAUUCAACCAAAAAGUGGUGCUGUUUUUGCCAGAGGCAGCAACGACUGGAAGUUCAUGGAAUUUGGAGGUAAACAGACCUUACAAAAGUUGAUCAAGCUGGUUCUAGGUGAGUCCAAUGCCUUUGUAGUGGUUUUCACAAACCAAGGUGGUGUAGUUACGGUUCCAACUACGGCUAAGAGUUGUCUUAAUUUUACUAACAAGAUUAAGAACUUGUUAGAGCAUAUAGAAGGAGUAGAGAAUGGAUCGAAAUUCCUUGAGAGGUUAUUCAUAUAUGCAGCACCAAAGAAGCCCGCUUCGUUUGGAAAGAAGAAAGUAGCAGGAACUAAGAGUGGCAGAGUGAAUAAGUCAAUCAAUUCAAUGCUCGCGAAGACUACAAAAGAGAAAGAGCAAAUUGACAAUAAAGAUAUUGAUGACCAAGUAUCUAUCUUCACCAAGAUGAGAAAGCCUGAAACUGGGAUGGCAGAUGCUUUUAUUAGUGAUUUGGAAUUGAUCUUCCCUAAAGAAAAAUAUAAAUACAACUGGAAGCUAUAUUGUGGUGAUGCUGCUGGGAGGAAGUCCGACUUCAGUGAUGCAGACAAAGCUUUCGCAGAAACGCUAAAAGUUCCAUUCGUGAUCCCUGAAGAAUUCUUCUAA